AUGUUCAGCUGGGGGCUAGGGCUGCUCCUGCUACGAGUUGGCAGCGGGGGCCUCCCCCAGCGCCGAGCAGCUGCUGCUGCAGGUCAUGCUGCUGCAGCAGCAGCAGCAAGACCUGCAGCAGGAGCAGCAACAACAACAGCCAGCGGGAUUUUAAGUGUGCAUGCAAAUAAGGGGGACAUUGGAAGAGUAGUUCUCUCCCUGACCACCGCCCCUGCGGACGCCCUGCAGCUGCUCCCGCUGCAGCAGCUGAAGCAGUUACCACUGCAGCAGCAGCAGCAGCAGCAAUACAAGCCUCUCGCUUUUGCUGCCUUCUCAGCUGGGCGACCACUCGCAGUUUCUUUGGGGGGCCAUCGUGAAGGAGACACCGCAGCGGCGUACAGCUCAAGUAGGCGUCCCUUCAUAGCUGCUGCAGCAGCACCAGCAGCACAAGCAGGAGCAGCAGCAGCAGCAGCAGCAGGAGUAGGAGAAAGAGCACCCACGCAGAUAAGAGCAGCGCGAGCCGCAGAUGUAAGUACAACUGCAACAGCAGCAGCAGCUACUGCUGCAGGAGGGCCUGGAGAGAUGACUCCAGCGAAGGCGGCGGAGACAACAGCAGCAGCAGCUGCAGCAGCAGCAGCAGCAGCAAACAGCACUCCUGCUGCUUUGUUUCCCUUUGGGCUUCCUCCUUCUCUCUCUCCGAGCUCUGCAGCAAACCCUAACACAGCAGCAGCACUCGAUGAAGCGCAGCAAGUAAUAGAAAAAGAAAUGUGGCGUCUAUACCACACCCAGCAGCAGCAGCAGCAGCAGCAGCAGCAGCAGCAGCAGCACAAGAUGCUGUCUGCGCAGCAGGUGCAGCAGCUAAUUGGCUUCUCUCAAGAUUAUUGCAAUGCUGCGAAGACCUCAGGAGCAGUAAAUGCUACUGAAUGUAUCGUCAAGCUUGUGUAA